GGGUCAGCGGUCCUGUUGUUGUUGGCGUCUGAUAGCGGAACAAGCUAACCGGACCUCGUCUUCUAGCGGAGACACACGCGCACGCACGCACACGCGCACCGGGAUAAAGUCCCUCCCACCUCUCAGUUGGUGAAUUUACGGUCAGUUUGGGCUCCACAAGUCCCCCCAAAAGCCCCCGCGUGACGCCGUGCACAGCAACGCGCGAGCGGUCCGUUAUCGUAACUCCUGCGUCAUCGCUGGGAGCUGCGCCGCCUGCGAGGCCCCGUGAUGGACGAGGCCGAGAAGUACCAACAGAGGCUGCAGGCCAUCGCGGAGAGGCGUCGGAGGCAGGAAGACGAGGAGCGGCUGGCGAGGGAGACUGAGGAGGAGCGGUUGAAGACGGCCCAGGAGAAGAGGAAACACUUGAGGGAGCAGUGGCUCAGUGAGGCUCCGCCCCCCGCGCUCCACAAGCCCACCACAGGGGAGCGAACCGAAAGCCAAAAGACGGGCGAGGAAGAGGAAGAGGAAGAGGAGGAGGAGGAGGAGGAGGAGGAAGCAGCUGGCACCAGAAGCGAGGAGCAAGAAGAAGACAAAGAAUCUGGCAGCGGUUCAGCUGCAGUCCGAACACACAGAGAGGCCGCCACUGACGAGGACGCGCAAGAAGGGAUCGAAGAGGUCGAGGGUCUCUUCUCCGUAGAAAUGGCCCAACGGAUGUUUCACGAAAGUGGGCAAGAUGGCCGAUCAGUGCUGGGGAUGUUGUCGGUGCAGGUGGAGCGAGACCCCAAGACGGGCGCCACCGUCGUCAGGUCGGUGGCGCCCGUCUCCACGCCGACCGGCGCGCCGACGGCGGCGACCGCCGUCUUCGACGACGGCAGGAAGAGCAUCCACGCCGUCGGCGCGCCGGGGGGGGAGCUCUCGACCGAAGAGCUCGGGCAGAUCCUGAGCGUCGUGGACGGCGUCGGGAUGACGGCGCUGCUGGACGACCUCCGGACCGAGGCGACGAGCGCCGACGGCGGCGCCGCAGCUCCGGAGGUACGAGUGGUGUCUUUCUCUUCCCGCCGCGCCGUGGAGGCGGAGCUCGGGGUGGAGGAGCGCUUUGCAAGUGUGGCACACGAGGAGCAUAAAAAAGAGGGCGGGGCCACCGCGGCGGUCGCGGGAGAAGUGGGCGACGUGGAGGAUCUGCGGUUGGACGAGGGCCCGGUCACGCUCGUGUUCCUGGGUUACACGGACGGCGACCAGGAAGACGGGCGCGAGGAAAACGGCGGCAUGCUGACCGCCGAGCGCGUCAUCAUCACCGAGGAGGGAGAGGAACGCGUCGUGGGGCCCGAAACGCCGGAGGCAAAAGAGUCCCGGGUGUUUCAGGACAUCCCGCUGGACGGAGACGGAAACGGGGCCGGGGCGGGAGACCGGGGAGACGAAGGUGGCGACGGCCGGCAGAACUCGUCUUCACCCACUAGAGCCACGGCCAAGAGCAAGAGCUGUCAGUGUUGCUCUGUGAUGUGAGAGACGCUCGGUGCGGCACCCCCACUCGGUGAGGUCAUCAACACUCGGUGAGGUCAUCAACACUCGGUGAGGUCAUCAACACUCGGUGAGGUCAUCAACACCCGGUGAGGUCAUCAACACUCGGUGAGGUCAUCAACACUCGGUGAGGUCAUCAACACUCGGUGAGGUCAACACCCGGUGAGGUCAUCAACACCCGGUGAGGUCAUCACGCCCAUCGCCACAUUGACCAAAGAGAGAGAGUUCCAUGUUUGUGGGUCUUUUUAAAGCCGCUCUGAGCUGCAGUCCACUGCCUCCCUCUAGUGGACAAAGGAGGUAUUUCUUCUCUAAACGUCUCUGUCCCUGAGGAUUUGUUCUGUGCCUCUCCAGCCAAAACGUUUCCAUAUGUUUCGCUGUUUGUUUUGCUUAAUGGAUGUAAAGCCAGAGACAGAAGGAUCUUCAGUAAUUACGGAGCGAUUCGUUGUGUCUAAUGUUUUCCGAGACGUGAAAAUGUAACGGAAGGAAAACCGAGCGAUAUUUGUAACGACAUCCGUUGAACCUUUUGAAGUUCUACUCGGGCCUUUAAAUGUUUUGGAGGAUUUGGGGGUUUUAAUGUCAUGGGAGGGGUUCAUAUUCUACCAAUAAACAUUAAUUUAACA